CGGCGGCGGGAGGAGCCCUCGGAGCCUUCGCCGCCGCAGCCGCCGUCGUCGUCGCAGCUCCGGCCGCGGGCAGAGUCAGCACCGCGGACAGCGCCCCCGCUGAGCCCCUCCGCACCCCCAUCAUGACGGCGGAGACGCACCUGCAGUGCGUGGAGAUCUCGGCCGCCCAGUUCUUCGAGAUCUGGCACCACUACGACUCCGACGGCAAUGGGUACAUGGAUGGGAAAGAGCUACAAAACUUCAUCCAGGAGCUGCAGCAGGCACGGAAGAAGGCAGGCUUGGACUUAACACCCGAAAUGAAAGCCUUUGUGGAACAGUAUGGCAAGGCUACUGAUGGAAAAAUAGGAAUCGUUGAGCUUGCUCAGGUGUUGCCAACGGAAGAGAAUUUCCUGUUGUUCUUUAGAUGCCAGCAGCUAAAGUCAAGUGAAGACUUCAUGCAGACAUGGAGAAAAUAUGACAGUGACCACAGUGGCUUCAUUGAUUCUGAGGAACUUAAGAGUUUCUUGAAAGAUUUAUUACAGAAAGCAAAUAAGCAGAUUGAAGACUCAAAGCUAACAGAAUAUACGGAAAUAAUGCUCAGGAUGUUUGAUGCAAACAAUGAUGGAAAGUUGGAGCUUACUGAACUGGCCAGGCUACUCCCAGUACAGGAAAAUUUUCUUAUUAAAUUUCAGGGUGUCAAAAUGUGUGCAAAAGAGUUCAACAAAGCCUUUGAGAUGUAUGAUCAAGAUGGCAAUGGAUAUAUAGAUGAAAAUGAACUUGAUGCACUACUGAAGGAUCUCUGUGAAAAGAACAAAAAGGAAUUAGACAUUAACAACCUUGCAACAUACAAGAAAAGCAUCAUGGCCUUGUCUGAUGGAGGAAAGCUUUACCGAGCAGAACUGGCUCUCAUUCUCUGUGCUGAGGAAAAUUAAAACUCUUCUCUCAUGUCCACUUAACUAGUGAUGUAUUCUAUCUACACAAUAACUGUGCACUAUAAGGGAGUAGGCUGUAUUUUUAAACUGCAUAUAGAAAAUUAGCCAGGAUGUGUGGCACAUUCCUUUAAGUUCAUUUCUAUACUGUUUGUAAUGUACAGUUUUUGUAACAAUGAGAUUGAUAAAGAGAAUGUCUAUGUUUGGGCCAGUCUGUAUAUUCAAAAGAAACUAAAACAUGUUGGGGUUGGAUUUUUUUUUUCCUUUAGCUUUUUUUUGGCUCUUUUUUUUUUUUUUUUUUUUUUUUUUUUUGCUUUCAUGAACAUGCCUGAAAAAAUAUUACACCUGCCGAUGUUGUUGUGGUCAUCAUAUCCUUUGACACUUGCAACAUUUUUCCUUGUUGAACUACGUAAGAAAAGGCCUAGAAAUCUCUCCCCCACUUACAACUACACGUUUGGGUUUUUUUGUUGGUUUUUUUUUUUUGUUUGUUUGUUUGUUUGGGUUGGUUUUAUUUGUUUGUUCAUUUGUUUUAAUGUACAAUACAAAUUCUGAAGAAAUGUGAUUUAGGUUGGAAUAGGAAAAAGAAGUAGGCAUGUCUACACUUCAAGAAGUUACCAAGAAAUAUUUCCAGCAGUCAAACCACCCACUUACAGGUCUGUGCUGUCUGUAGUUUUUCAACUACUCUUCUCACUAUGAACUCAAAGUAUAUAGAGGAAGCAUUUAUCUGGGAUAGAUCUCCACGCAGUAGUUGACAAAAAUAUACUGUUUUCAAUCUUGCUGUUUAACUUUACUGAAUUAAAACAUAGGCACUUCAGAAACAAAUGCCUUUAAUCUGUCUUGGAAUCCUGGCUAAAUGACAGGUAGCAUAGUUAAUACACAGAUUAACAUAUGACAUUAUAAGUGUACCUUUCAUGACUAUUGCUGUGUCAGAGAAUAUGACAAUCCAUUUUCUAAACUAUUUUCACAUUUUGCAGGUUAUAUUAUUCUAGUAAACUGCUGUUUUUACAUCAUAUUCUGUGUAAUCUAUAAUUAAAUUUAAUAUCCUAAGACUAUUGUUGUCUACUUUGUCUAUCUCCUGGAUGUUCUUUUCUGUACCAUAUAAAGGAAAAAAACAAUUAUUUUGAAAAAGUUGUGCCUCCUUGGAUCUUACACUGAGUUAUUAAUCUCUAAUAAUACUAAUAAAAGUUAACACUAAAAUAAACACAAGACCUAGUGAAGAUUUUAUAACAGUUUAUUAAUUCAGUUUACCAGUGUUCUGCUUUUUAUUAAGCUAGAGAGGUAUUUUUGUAAAUGUGAGAUAUAAUAUGGAACAAGCUCUUUCUUCUUCCUUUUAUUUUUCUUUUCUUUUUAAUUAAUUAUUAUUGGGUUUUUUUUUCUUUUUUUCUUUUUUUCUUUUUUUUUCUUUCUUUUGGUCUGGCUGUUUUAUUUCACACCAUUUUUGUACCAACACCUCCAUGAACAUCCAGGCCUUUGCACUCAGUAUACACUGAUGUAGAAAGGAAAUUGGGCUGUGUCUUAAAGUCAUUAAAUCUGUAUUGCUUCCAUACACAGAAAGCUGUUUCAGAAGCAGGUUAGAAGAUUAGCUUUAUAUAACUUCUCAAAUGCAUCUCUUACUUAACAAGCAGAAGGAAAUGCAUUUUAUUUGAAAUGUAUCUCAUGCAGUGAGGCUUAGAUCCUUCAAGAUUAUUUUGGCACUGAAAUCCCACUGAAAUUAAUCCAUGACCUCAGGUGAACUCAGGCAACUAAAUGCCAUUUCAGAAACAGCCUUAUGGCCCCAGGCUCCCUCAGCCUUGGCUGUGGCAUGUAAUGGAGUGUAGGAUGGGGCCUUGCUGAAGAAAGGCACAAAAACUGAAGUAAGAUUAAUUUAGCUCAUUCCCAUGGCUUUACUCCCACUCCACACAUUGAUUUAACUUCUCACCUGCUUGUUCGCUCUAUGCAAUGUGAAAUACAAUUGUGUAUGUAAAGUGAAGGAAUAGCGAAUAGAUUAUCUGCCUAUCAGUACAAUAAAUGAUUGAUAUUGUUCCUCUUGUGCAGCUGAAA